AUGAUUUUUGUUCAUAUCUCAGUUGCAAUACUUUCAAUAUUGUCAUUUACAAUUGCCGAUAAAGCUCCCAAGAUUAAGAAAAACCCGAAAAACGUUGUUGCUAUUGCUGAUUUCCCAUUUGGUGGUAAUAAACAAGUUACUGGGAACGUUGUCUUUACUGCCAAACAAGGUAAACAUGUCAAUGUUCAUAUUGACAUGACAGGAUUACCAAAGAAUGAAGGUCCUUUCUACUACCACAUCCAUGAAAGAUCUGUUCCUGGAGACGGAAACUGUGAGGCCGUCGGCUUACAUUUCAACCCAUACAAUGCUAGUCCUGAAUGUGAAGAACAAAAGAAUGAUGCUUAUUGUCAAGUAGGUGACUUGCUGGGUAAACAUGGGUUGAUAAACACUACGUGUUUUGAAUUGAAAUAUAUUGACCCAUACUUGUCUUUAAACAGAAAAUCAAAGUCAUACAUUAUUGGAAAAUCAUUGGUUUUCCAUUAUCCUAAUAUGACAAAGAUCGCUUGUGCUGAUAUCGAAGAGGCCAAUGAUUUGAGAUUACAAAGUUUGAUUGACGAGUAUAUCCAAAGUGAUGAUUCGACACAAUUGCGAGAAUUGAGAACGCCGGUUGAACAGGGUUAUGUAUUUGAUGAAUUGGAAGCCUUAUCAGCAGAAGUGUAUGAGGAGGAUUUAUCCAAGGAGUUGGUGCUGCCAGAGAAAUUGUACAACAAGAGCGAUAAUAUCUACAGCGACAGUGACAAAAAACACCACCUUCAUGCCUUACUACCUUGGAGAAAAUAUAACCAGAAAAACUAUACAAACGUUUCUAUACAUGGUGUUUCAAGCGAGUGUCCUAAUGAAGGAAUUUCAGUAGCAACAACCUUCUUUGGCUCAAUGCUUUUGGCCCUAAUCUCCUGCCUUCUCUUCUAG